AAUGUUGCACUGCAGUACCCUGUUGCUCCACGUGUUGCUGACCUGGUACUCUGUGGCUGUGGUUGCGGACCCCUUCUACUGUGACACUGACAUCAUACCUGGUAUUGAACCCCUGACGAGCUAUUUCUACCAUUGUGAUGGUGUUAACCAGUGUAUAGACAGAAGAGAUGAGGCGGGGUGUACCGAUUGCCCCUCAGGGAAGCUGCUACUAGUAGGAGUCGCCCCAAACAGUGCUAUCUUCCAAUACGAGACUGUGUACGAGCUACAGGAUUACAAACUCCGGAACAAACCAGUUUACAAGACGACAGAGGACUCGUUACAGCAGGGCUAUGUGGCGUACAAUGAUCUAGACAGGAGGUGGGAGGUAUCCAAGUAUGCUGAUCAAGGAACUGUACUUGUUUCUAGUCCUACUAUUACUACACAACCCUUUUUAACAGAGGUUACCUGGAAGCUAGCAGAAAGUGAAGAGAUUUUAACGAGUAUGAACUUCCAAUGUGUCCCGGAGAAUACAAGAAAGUGCUAUGGAAAUGUCAUGGUUGUCUCCCCUAAUCAAGUCAUAAUAUUAGAUGUAACAGAGGGUUUCUAUAAUGACCGGAUUCGUUACGGGAAUGAGAAAUACGAUCUACAAUAUGUACUAACUUCGGAGACAUGGCCUACACCACACUGGCAAGUAGUGAACAAAGCAACAAGUGAGGAGGAGAUGGUGUUUCUACGAACUACAGCUCAAUAUCCUGAGUUCAUCUCCAGCCCUGGGCUCUACAAGUCAGCUGACUCCUCCUGGUUGAGAGGCUCCAACUGGUUUACGUGACCUGUGAGGUGCUGACCACUGCGCCAGACACAGGCCCCACUCCUGGGCUGUUCUGUUCCGUCUGACUCUUGUGGGUGGAGUGUGCGUGUGCCGGGUGAUAUGGAGCUGUCAGGGGGAGCAGUGGAGCAGUUCAGUGUGGGACAGAGAGCCCCUCCCUCACUCCACAUAACCUCUGACAGGGGCACACCUCCUGGCAAGUACAGACUCACUAGUCAGAGGUUUGAUCUCCAGACCGAGAGUUGUCUUCUCGUCAAGUUCGCUAACACUGUUACUGCUCCUGAAAAUGAAGCUACUAUUUCUAUCAGCUUAAAGGACUAUUUCUCGAACGAGGAGGUGUUUAUAAUACAGGCCAGAUUGCACCAUAACCCCAAACAAGCAGCAAUGUUACAGAGUAGACAGAUACCUGACCCAGAUGAUAAACCUCACGCUGGAGGAUGACACCCCUAAAACUAACGCUCAGAUAGUGAUAACUAUAGAGCUGCAUCUGAGUGAGCAGCCGAGUGGAGUGGUGGCUUUAGUAGAGACUGCACUUGUUCAGGGUCUCUGUAAGAAUGGCACUACUCUUGAAAUGUUGGACCCCUGCGACGACCUGGAUUUCCCUUGUGACAGCAACCAAUGUGUCAUGGCAGGUUUCAAAGGGUAUCAGUGUCAGUGUGAAGAUAGUGGUAUGUACGGAGCACACUGUGAGCAGACAGCAGGAGACACGUGCUCAGUGGAGGAUGUUAGGAUAGAUCACGUGCUGGAGACAGUUCCGCUAGAAGGGUACAGGGGAGCUGAUCUACUGAACGUGAAGUGUCAGGAAGACUACGAGCUGACAGGGGUCUUUCCCAGGUGUCAGGCGAACAGUGAGUACAAUACUAUACCUCAGUGUGUCCCUCUCCAGUGUGUCCCACUAAACCCCCCUCACUCAACCAUAUCUGUUGAAUCCUCCACUCUAACUACAGUGCAGUGUGAGGAGGGGUUCCUACCAUCUGCUGUACAAACCCUCCUCUGCGAGGGAGGACACUACAACUCCUCGCUCUCACCCUGCCUUUUAGAGUGUACUGCUGAACAAACAGAAACUGAUAAUAACACAGAUUCACCUCUUAUCACGGUGGAUGUGUCGUUGUGUGACUUCGCCUCAGGGCCGUUCCACAAUAAUUACACGCAUUGUAAGGAGUCCUCCUCUCAACUAGAAAUCCCGGGUAUCUUAUCAGUAUCAACAGAGAUAAGUCUUAGUGUAGACACUCUAGGUAAACUGUGCGUGAGUUACGCUAACACCACUGACCAGGGACUGCAGUGUGUGGUACAGUGUGUGGAGUCUAGUGUGAUACAGCUCGUCAGGGUGGUGGGUGGUGAAGAACAGUUUGUCGAGGUGGUCACCAACUUCGAUUAUUCUAGGGAGAAGCUGGUGAAUUAUAGUUGUAGAUGCAGGUGCUCUUUUCAAUUAGUAGUUAUGUUAUUGGGUGUUUACUUCAUGCUAAUUUCAUGAGAUCCUAGUUAAUGAAUAUAGUUAAUAGUUUUCAAGUUUUUACCAACAGAAAGAUGUUUCGUUGAAAAAUGUGAAGAGCUGAUAUUUGCAAGUGCAAGCAAAUAAAUUUAUGGAGUACAUUUCCAGAAAAGAUUUUGCGAACUGUCGGAAGUAACCAGAAAGUGAAUUAAGAAUUGAUAAGUUGACACAGAUAUCUUAAAUUUGUUAACUACGUUUAAUUAUUGCGUUUGAUUUUAUUUCAUCAACAAUGUGGC